AUGUUUACCGUAGUGACCCGUCAGCCUUGUGAGCAAGCAGGCUUCAGGGCCCUCUCCCGGACUCCAGCCAUUGUCACCUUGGUGGUCUUGCUUGUGAGCAUCGUGGUGCUUGUGACACUCACACUCAUCCAGAUCCGCCACCCUCAGGUCCUCCCUCCCGGGCUGAAGUACGGGAUCGUGCUGGAUGCCGGCUCUUCCAGAACCACCAUCUACGUCUAUCAGUGGCCAGCAGAGAAGGAGAAUAACACAGGAGUGGUCAGCCAGACCUUCAAAUGCAGCGUGAAAGGCUCUGGAAUCUCCAGCUAUGAGAAUAAUCCCCAGGAGGCCCCCAAGGCCUUUGAUGACUGUAUGCUAAAGGUCAAGGAGCAGGUACCAGAGUACCUCCAUGGGUCCACCCGCAUUUACCUGGGAGCCACGGCCGGGAUGCGCUUGCUGAGGUUGCAGAAUGAGACAGCAGCUCACGAAGUCCUUGAGAGCAUCCAAAGCUACUUCGAGUCCCAGCCUUUUGAUUUUAGGGGUGCUCAAAUCAUUUCUGGGCAAGAGGAAGGGGUGUAUGGAUGGAUUACAGCCAACUAUAUAAUGGGAAACUUCCUGGAGAAGAACCUGUGGCACAUGUGGGUUCACCCACACGGAGUAGACACCACGGGAGCCCUGGAUUUGGGCGGCGCCUCCACCCAGAUAUCCUUUGUGUCAGGAGAGAAGAUGGAGCUGAACGCCAGCGACACAGUGCAGGUGUCCUUGUACGGCUACACGUACACGCUCUACACACACAGUUUCCAGUGUUACGGCCGCAAUGAAGCAGAGAAGAAGUUCCUGGCGAUGCUUCUGCAGAGCUCUCCCACUGAAACCAACAUCAGCAACCCCUGCUACCCACGGGGUUACAGCACCUCCUUUGACUUGGGCCACGUGUUCGGCAGCCUGUGCACCGAGAAGCAGAGGCCGGACAAGUACAACCCCUAUGAUAUUGUCACCUUCACGGGAACUGGAGACCCAUGGCUGUGCAGGGAGAAGGUGGCAUCUGUGUUUGACUUCAAAGCGUGCCAGGAGCAAGAUGCUUGUUCCUUUGAUGGCAUUUAUCAGCCCAAGGUUCAAGGGCCAUUUGUGGCAUUUGCAGGGUUCUAUUACACAGCCAGCGCACUAAACCUCUCCGGAAGCUUCUCCCUUAUGUCCUUCAACAGCAGCAGCUGGGACUUCUGCAGACUCGCCUGGAUCGAGCUCCCAUCCCUGCUCCCCAGAUUUGAUGAGGUGUAUGCUCGGUCCUACUGCUUCUCAGCCCACUAUAUCUACCACCUGCUCGUGAACGGAUACAAAUUCACGGAGGAGACUUGGCCUCAGAUACGUUUUGAGAAGGAAGUGGGGAACAGCAGCAUCUCCUGGUCCCUAGGAUACAUGCUCAGCCUGACCAACCAGAUCCCAGCUGGAAGUACCCUGAUCCGGCUGCCGAUUCAGCCCCCUGUCUUUAUGGGCAUUCUGGCUUUCUUCACAGCUAUCGCCUUGCUGUGCCUGGCGUUUCUUCUGUAUCUGUGUUUAGCAUUCAGGACAAAGGGACGCUCUGAGAAUGCCUUCGAACAAGCAGUGGAUUCGGAUUGA